UCCGCCCGCGGGAGCGGUGGUUCCGCGCUUCCCGCCCGCCUUCCUCUUUUAUAUUUUUCCUCCUCCUCCUCUGCCGCCGCGCCACUUCCAGGGGAGGUUGGUGUCAUGUGGCUGGCGCCGAGGGAGGGCUGCCCGGGGCCGCAGCGGCAGUGAGAGGCGGUGAGAGCAGCCCAAGCGAGCGGAGCCGAGUAUCCUGCGAUGACAGCCAUGAAGGAGCAGCCGGCGCACCCGGGCGGCAGGGGGAACCCGCCGCCGCCGUCGCAGCCCGACCAGGAACUUGGAAGUAACAGCCCUCCGCAGAGGAACUGGAAGGGAAUUGCUAUUGCGCUGCUGGUGAUUCUAGUUGUUUGUUCACUCAUCACUAUGUCUGUCAUUCUUUUAACACCAGAUGAGUUUGCAAAUUCUUCUGAAACCAGAUUGUCUUUGGAAGAUCUCUUCAGAAAAGAGUUCAUAGUUCAUAAUCCAGAAGCCAAAUGGAUUAAUGAUACAGCAGUGGUGUAUAAAGAUAGGAAUGGACAUGUUAUUGAACUGAAUGUAGAAACAAAUACCACUACAUUAUUACUGGAAAACACAACUUUUGUAACUUUCAAAGCAUCGAGAUACUCAGUUUCACCAGACUUAAGAUUUGUUCUUCUUGCAUACGAUGUAAAACAGGUUUUUCAUUAUUCUUAUACAGCUUCAUAUGUGAUUUACAACAUUCACACACGGGAAGUUUGGGAGUUAAACCCUCCAGAAGUAGAGGAUUCAGUAUUACAGUAUGCGGCAUGGGGUGUCCAAGGGCAGCAGCUGAUUUAUAUUUUUGAAAAUAACAUCUACUACCAGCCUGAUGUAAAGAGCAGCUCAUUGCGCCUGACAUCUUCGGGAAAAGAAGGAAUUAUUUUUAAUGGAAUUGCAGACUGGUUAUAUGAAGAGGAACUUCUCCAUUCUCAUAUUGCCCACUGGUGGUCUCCAGACGGUGAAAGAUUGGCAUUCCUGACCAUAAAUGACUCCCUGGUUCCUAGCAUGGUUAUUCCCCGAUUUACUGGAGGCCUAUAUCCAAAAGCAAAGCAGUAUCCAUACCCUAAGGCAGGUCAAACAAACCCAACAGUAAAGCUGUUUGUAGUUAAUCUGUAUGGACCAGCGCAUACACUGGAACUGAUGCCACCUGACAGCUUUAAAUCAAGGGAAUACUACGUCACCAUGGUGAACUGGGUAAGCAACACCAAGGCUGUGGUGAGAUGGUUAAAUAGACCCCAGAAUAUCUCCAUCCUUACAGUCUGUGAAACAACGACUGGCGCUUGCAGCAGGAAAUAUGAAAUGCAGUCAGAACUUUGGGUUCCUAAACAGAAUGAAGAACCUGUUUUCUCCAGGGAUGGCACUAAGUUCUUCAUGACUGUCCCUGUGAAACAAGGAGGCCGGGGUGAAUUUCACCACAUAGCCAUGUUUAUUGUUCAGGCUAAAAGUGAGCAGAUCACUGUGAGACACCUGACAUCGGGAAACUGGGAAGUUAUCAAAAUACUGGCAUAUGAUGAAAAUACUCAAAACAUUUAUUUCUUAAGCACUGAAGAGUCCCCAAGAGGAAGACAGCUGCAUAGUGUGUCAACAGUGGGAUCAUUGAAUCGACAGUGCCUCUCAUGUAACUUCUUGAAAGACCAGUGCACAUACUUCAGUGCAAAAUUUAGCCCCAGGAACAGGCAUUUUUUACUGCACUGUGAAGGGCCAGGUGUUCCAGUUGUUAGCGUGCACAGUACCAGUGACACUGGAAAGUUUUAUAUUUUGGAAAACAAUGCUGUGUUGAAGGAAGCUGUUUUUAAGAAAAAGAAUUCCAGGACUGAAAUUAAAAUGCUUCACAUUGAGGAUUACGAACUCCCUUUACAGUUGUCACUACCAAAAGAUUUCACGGAUCGGAACCAGUAUGCCCUUCUGCUAAUGAUUGAUGAAGCUCCAGGCAGCCAGUUGGUUACAGAUAAAUUUCGCAUUGACUGGGACUCAGUGCUUGUCAACUCUGAUAAUGUCAUCAUAGCUCGAUUUGAUGGCAGAGGGAGUGGAUUUCAAGGCCUCAAGAUCCUACAGGAGGUGCACCGAUGCUUAGGAUCAGUGGAAGUGAAGGACCAAAUAGCAGCUGUAGAAUCAUUAUUGAAACAGCCCUUCAUUGAUCCUAAGAGACUGAGUAUAUUUGGAAAGGGAUACGGUGGCUACAUUGCAUCAAUGAUUCUGAAAUCUAGUGAGCGGCUUUUCAAAUGUGGAGCUGUGGUGGCACCAAUUACAGACAUGAAGCUAUACGCAUCAGCUUUUUCAGAAAGAUACCUUGGUAUUCCAUCAAAAGAGGAAAAUGCCUAUCAGGCAUCCAGUGUAUUACACAAUCUUCAUGGUUUAAAAGAAGCAAAUAUGCUAAUAGUUCAUGGGACAGCAGACACUAAAGUCCACUUCCAGCAUUCAGCAGAACUAAUUAAGCAUCUAAUAAAAGCUGGAGUUAAUUACACUAUGCAGAUCUACCCAGAUGAAGGUCAUAACAUUGCUUCUGAGAAAAGCAAAUAUCACCUUUACAGCACAAUCCUUGGGUUUUUUAGUGCUUGUUUAAAGGAGGAGACACUGAUUUUACCACAGGAACCUGAAGAGGAUGAAUAAGGAAGCCUAUUUGUGUAGUACUGAAGGGGACUUACUUUGCGGCUCAAUAAAACCUUGAAGUGACUGUGAGAUUGCAGAUUCUGCAGAAGCUCAAGGGCAGCUAAAGGAUAUCACAGUGGAACAGCACACUUACAGACAAUGAGCUAAUAAACUGGAAUUCGACUACAAAGUCCAGACACAUUACCAAGGGACAAAGCCUUUACCUUUGUGGAAGGUCAACAGUUGGUUACAGUUUCCUGGAAGAACAUAGUUUUGCAUAAGUGUAGGGUUAGUGCAUGUUUGUUAUGUUAAGCCUCACUGUUGGUUCUGUAAGUGGUUGCUUGUUUUUCAUUUAAAUGCACAUCUUUAUUCAUCUUUGUAUAAUGCACAACCUAUCGUAAGUAUUGUGGCCACUAAUAUUUUAAAAGGUAAGCUGCAAUCUAACACUUCACUGUAAUGUUACAAUAAGUGCAAUUCUUCUGCUGUCUAUUACCCAUGAGAAACCACAAAGAUAAUAAAGGGCACGAUAUUUUCUCUA